ACCGCCCAACCGUCUCACUGUUGCGUCCACGCGCGCUCCAGCUUCCUUCCCAUCGCAUGGCCGGGGCAAGCGCGCAGCCCGCGUGGGCGCAGGCGCUCGCAGCGGUGGGCCUCCUCGUCGCGGCGCGCGCCGCGCUGCGCCUUGCGCUGUGGCUCUACGCGGCCUUCCUCCGCCCCGCCAAGCCGCUGCGCCACCGCUACGGCGCCUGGGCCGUCGUCACGGGCCCCACGGACGGCAUCGGACGCGCGCUCGCCUUCGAGCUCGCCGCCGCGGGGCUCGGCCUCGUCCUCGUCGGCCGCAGCCCCGACAAGCUCGCCGCGGUCUCCAAAGAGGUCAGGGCCAGGCACCCCGGCGCUGGGGUGCGCACCUUCGUCCUCGACUUCGCCGCAGACGGGCUCGCCGCCAACGUGGCCGCUCUGGCGGAGUCCAUCCGAGACCUCGACGUCGGCGUGCUCAUCAACAACGCCGGCCACUGCUACCCGUACGCGCGUUACUUCCAUGAGGUUGACGAGGCGCUCACGAGGAACCUGAUACGCCUCAACGUCGAGGCCCUCACGAGGAUGACGCACGCCGUGCUCCCUGGCAUGGUGCAGCGCAAGCGGGGCGCCGUGGUGAACAUCGGGUCCGGCGCCGCCACCAUCCUGCCGUCCGACCCGCUCUACGCCGUCUACGCUGCCACCAAGGCAUAUGUCGAUCAAUUCUCAAGAAGCCUAUAUGUUGAGUACAGGAACAAAGGUAUCGAUGUGCAAUGCCAGGCACCCUGGUACGUGGCGACGAAAAUAGCCUCGAUCAGGCAGGCGUCCCUGUUCGCCCCGUCGCCGGAGACGUACGCCCGCGCCUCCGUGCGCUACAUCGGAUACGAGCCCCGGUGCACGCCUUACUGGGCGCACGCUCUCGUGUGGUUCCUCUUCACCGUCGUCCCCGAGCCCAUCGCAGACAGAUAUGUCCUUGGUGUGUCCCUCGACAUCCGCGACAAGGGACGUGCCAAAGACGCUAGGAAGAAAGCCAUGUGAGUGACAUGCGCGGUGAAAGAAAGGCUCAUACGCUCUCAAAGAUCGACCCUCCGCGUGUUAAAUUCUACUACUCCCUCCGUUUUAAAAUAUUUGUCUUUCUAGACAUUUCAAAUGACUACUACAUACAGAUAUAUGUAGACAUAUUUUAGAGUGUAGAUUCACUCAUUUUGCUCCGUAUGUAGUUACUUGUUGAAAUGCUUAGAAAGACAAGUAUUUAGGAACGAAGAGAGUACAUGCCAACUGUAAUAAGAUGAAUGAUUGCGCAGCUAUUUCGGUUGCCAGUCAUCUUAUCGUGAUGUCCUGACAGUGUGUAUUGUGCUUGCACGUACCACAUGUUUCUUGGAUUUGGAUGGCAUAUGUACCAUCCUGUUCCUCCUAGCUAAUAAAAGGUUGUCUAA